GGACGGGAAGGCGGCGCUGGUGCGCAAGCGCGGUACCCGGUGCCGGCACCUCCCCCACCCCCUGCCCCCUUACCGUCUCCAUGGAGUGUCACCCCGCCGUCCCGCAGCACACACUCCCGUCUCAUCCGCGGCUGGAGAGCAGGCAAGGUGCGGGCCCGGCUCGGGAUCAACCUGCUGCCUAAACUGUAAUAACAAGCCACCUACUGACUGCAACAUCAAAUUUGAUCCGGGCUGUUUGUCGAGAAGGAUGCAUUCUCUUGUGUUCUUUUGUGCACAGAAAGUGAUCUCGGACCAUGCCUCGACUCGCAAAGCUCUGGACUACAUCCCCCGUGAAAUCUACCCAGUGCUGUUUAAAGCUGCCUUUUUGGACAUCCGGACGCUGGUGCUGCGUGAUGUAGUGCAGAGGUGGCCCUUCAGUGUUCUCAACUUCUCAACCAUCCUGAAGAGGUGCAAGCACUGUGACCGUGACGUGAUCCGAGAGAAGCCCAACAAGCAGUGCCUGCAGGCAGUGAUAAUGGGAGUGAAAGAUUAUCUACUGAACGAGUUACGACAGAACCGCCCUCCCUCCAGCAGAAAAACAAAAGCAUCAACAUCACAGGACAGUAUUACGCUUAGGAAACACCGAUUGCUCCGUGUUGUGGAUCUCACAGGACUCCAAGACGAUGGAGACAGGCAAGAUGCAGAUACCAUUGGCCAGUGGUCCCGAACUGUGGCCUUGGCCAAAGCUUGCAUUGAUGUAUCCCGGACCAGCAGGAGGGACGAGUACAGUUCAUCUAAAAGGAGGAAGAGCAGAAGUGGUACUGCAUUGGAUGCAAAUUGUGAAAACCAGCUGUGUGUAGAGUUUCACGCCAAUCUCUUCAUCACCAGUAACUCCUACACAACAGUAAAGGACGCGCUGCAAAUUGGCAAGUCCUCUCCGCUGUGUUUGAAAUGCCGGGACCUUCGAGCAGAGGAGUUGUCUGCAAAAAAGACCAUUGGUAUCCUGGAGCUCUUGGACCCAGUGGUUCUCCGGAAGAUUGAGUUGCGUUACAAUAACCUCGGUCUCAGCGGGCUCAGUACGCUGUUUCCUUACUUCCCCUUGUUUGCCAAUCUGAGCAGCCUCAAACUUCCCUACAGUAAUAUUGACGUGAGGCACAUGACUCCCGAGAUGGAAGAGUCCUUCCAGAGCUUGGUGUCGAUGUUCAGCCAGCUGCCUAAUGUGAGGGAGCUGAACCUGGCAUCCUCCAGACUAUCUGGACGCAUCCGUGAGCUGCUGAAUGUCUUGCAGCAAUCCCUGGAAAGCCUGGAACUUGCUUACUGCUACCUGCUACCAAUGGACGCAACCUACCUGGCCAACAGCCAUCAUGCCCCGUACCUGAAGAAGCUGGAUCUGAGUGGUAAUAACCUCUCUGAUGUCCUGCUGGGCCCUUUCUGCCAGAUUCUGCAGCACUCUUCCACCUCGCUGGUCUACCUGGACAUCAUGGAAUGCAGGGUGAUGGACAGACAGCUCACCGCCUUCCUGCCUGCCCUCGGACUAUGUUCUCAGCUACAGUAUUUCAGCUGUUUCUGUAACCCUAUUUCCAGCCAGGGUCUCAAGGCCUUACUUAACACUGCAGUGCACCUACCAGUCCUUAAAGUUGUCGUGCACCCUAUCCCAGUCGACUGCUAUGAAGAAGGACUGCCCUGGCCCCCAUCUACGUAUGACCUUAUUGACUACAGUAUCGAUCAAGAGAAGCUAAGUCGGGUUGAUGCAGAACUGCACGAGAUACGGUUGAAGGCAGUGAGAACAGAUAUUCUUACAACAGUUGAGUUAUACAAUGACUUCUCAUUCGAUGUGUUGCAGUUGUACUGAAGCAAACGCCCUUCAUUUUUUCUUUUAAAAACAACAGGAGCAGCUUGUAUUAAAUGCGUUUGAGACAGAUA